AGCUGCAGAGUAAACAAAUUAAAGACAGAAUUUCUGGACAUAGGAAUUCAGAAUGGUGCUUCCUUCGGCCAUUUUGAUAAUGGAAAUUUGUCACUCACCUACAAGUCACAGGACGGAAAAAGAAAUAUAUUUAUACAUACUGUUCACUCUACAGAACAAUUGUGUCACUCUACUGUAAUGAGGAACAAGAGCACUCUCCGGGCCGUGGGAGAUAUGGGCUCCUUCUUUUGGUUGCAGUUACGAAGUAAGUAUUGUUGCCCUAGAAAGAGAGAGGAAAUUCCGAAUUUUUCCAGACUUGGUCAUUUAUUAAAUCUGAUAAAAAAUAGAACAGAAGAACCCCAUCCACCCACAAUUCCAACUCCAAGUGUCGUAACAGUGACGUCACCACCGGCACCGGAUCUCCACCAGAUAACCUUUCUUCUUACAGGAAUCUUAAUUGUGUCCUUUCUCAUACUGUUGAUACUAGUGGGUGGACUGUUUUGGAAAUGUAUAAGAAGAAAUCCUUACGCCCCGUACUCACUACUUCCAAGCGAUGACUUUGUGGAAAAUAAAAGGCAAACGUAUUGAUAAACAAAUCCUUCGUUCUGUGAUAUUCUGCAUUCUUGACUAUAGUCGUGCACUUAUUGAAUUUUUAAAUAAAAAUCAGUAAACAACACUUGUUUCCUCGAAUUCAAGUAACAAGAUGUGUCCAGAGGUGUAGCAAAGGAGGACUUCCUGCAGAGACUGUUUA